CAAACGCAGCGCUCGUAUCUGAGACUCAGUACAAGUAUAAGAGUUCAUGUUGUUAUUGUCUCAACUCAGUCAGAUCCUUUCCCUUCCCACAGAACAAGCUUCUUCUCAGAGUUCGGUCUCCUGACAACAAGGAGCCAUUGCUCCCUCAUCCAGUCAUUAUUCGACUACAUUCACCCGUGAUCCAGCAGUUUUCAGAGAAAGUGAGCAGCAUUCAAAGGAGCGUCGUCUGGAUUGCCCUUCCAUGGCUCUGGUUGUGCAUGCCAGUCCGGUUCCCAGUCUGAUUUUCUCAAAGCCUGAAGUUUUUCGAGGUCCGACAAUAAGUGAUCUUUCGGAGAAGCUCAGGAAGAUUGGAGUUGAGGAGAUUCCACGUUCGCUGGAACUUAGUGAGGAUGACCUUCCAGCAUUGACUGAGCAGCCCAUUGAUUGCCAGGUCCCGUUGAUUGAUUUCUCCUUGCUGCAGACCGACAGACGGAAAUUGGCAAAGCAAAUCGGGGAUGCUGCGAGAACGUGGGGAUGUUGCCAGCUUAUCAACCACGGCAUUCCGGUUGAAAGUAUGCAGCACCUCAUAGCUGAGAGCCGCAAAUACUUUGAGCUUCCCGCUGAGAGAAAACUCAAGGUGAAGUCGUUUGUUGGAGACAAUACUUCCUGGAAGCUCUCCAGUUUAUACUGGGCUGAGAGCUGGAUGAUACACGGGACCGGAAGUCGGAAAGAUAUCGACGAGAAAAUUCUUUCUGCGUGGCCCGAAGGCAACACUGCAUUCAGAAAUUUGACCGCAGACUACGUCGAAAGGAUGCAACCAUUCACAAAGCAGAUGUUCCAGUUGUAUGCAGAAGAUCUGGGACUCGAGGAUGUAGAUUUCUACGCGAAGCACGUAGACUCAUCUGAGUUAACGAUCAGAUGGAAUUAUUACCCCGCAUGCCCACAACCUUCCACAGUACUGGGAGCGAAAAGUCACACAGACGCUAACCUGAUUACGUUUCUGCUUCAAGAUAGUGUUGGGGGUCUGCAAGUCGAGAAGGAUGGUUGCUGGUUUGACGUGAAGCCCAUAGAAGGAGCCCUUGUAAUCAACAUCUCCGACGGAUUUCAUGCGUGGACGAAUGGAUUAUACAAGCCAGUUCUUCAUCGAGCUUUGGUGAACAGGAAUUCCCCUCGUCUGUCACUCGCAGGACUGUGGAAUGUGGAUGACAGCACCCCGUACGUGGCUCCGACCGAACUUGUCGAUGAGAAUCACCCUCAACUCUACAAGCCCAUCAAAGCUGGUGAAUACAAACAGAAUCUGAUAACAACCAGGUCAAAGGUGGACAUGAGUGCCAAGCAGAAGGAACAUUCUAAAGUCUUGAAAGGGCUCGGCCAGUUGGACAAAUGGAAGAUCCUCGCUUAAUACGACGAUCGCUGGCCAGAACCGGGAGAUAACCGUCUUGUCAUCUCAAUUCGGGUCUCACCUAACGUGAACUACACACCGACACAAUGUAUUAUAUAGCCGUCAACCUGAAGACUCCAGUAGAGCAUGUCGCCCCUGACGUACAAGUUUUAGUGCGGUGGCUACGGAUUGGUUAGAAUGAUACACCCGCAAUACGGACGCAUAUGAGAUACUACUUCGUCGACAAUCUUGUGGAAGCCUUAUGUAGAUAAUCUGAUGGUGUCAUGAAAGGAUCUGAUGCACUUGUAACAUUCAUAUACUUCGCGGACGUUUAGCUUCGUUAUGUCGAUCUGCAUGCGCAGCACAGCCACCGGAAGUUUGUAACAUGGUAUUAUAGUAUAAAUAAUCAAUUGUGU